UAAUGUUCUCGGAUAAUCUUCAUGCUCAGCGGAUUAAUGUGUUUUUUUAUUUGUUUUUCUGUGAGUGUGCGUCGGGAUUUGCGGAGAUCACUUUUAGGUUUGAGAAGCGCUGCAUCUGUGGACAGACAUGAUUGACGUCCGGGCUUGGGCUGAGUACAUAGUGGAGUGGGCUGCCAAAGACCCCUACGGUUUUCUGACCACAAUCAUCCUGGCGCUCACGCCUCUCUUCAUCGCCAGUGCGCUACUGUCCUGGAAACUGGCCAAGAUGAUCGAGGCGCGUGACCGGGAACAGAAGAAAAAGCAGAAACGUCAGGAAAACAUAGCCAAGGCCAAGAGGACCAAGAAAGACUGAGAGCAGUGCCAGGGCACAGAUGAGGACGAGGAGAAGCAGAAGACAUGCUCCCACCAGACCUCUCUCUCUCUGCGCAAUGACAAUGUGGCUGUGUCCCAUCAGCACUGGCCCACCCCUCGCCAGGUCAGGGUUAAGAGGGGGGACACUGGCCCCUGCAGGCCUGAAGCCAGGAACACACUACAGCAGUUCUUGAGCGGUGAAAAUCAGGCACCACCACAAAUUGUGUUUUAAACUCUCUCUAUGUGUCCUUCUCAACUUUUCAGCUCUGUCCUUCUGCUUUAGCUUAAACAAAAUAUGAAUCAAUGUGGACUAAUAAUUUCUAAGUUGAUUUGUAUCUCAUGCUCCAGAAUUUACCGCCACAGUCACUCGAAGGACUUGGACCAUCUUGUCUCGACACAGUGUGCGCGGUGUGUUCCUAAGAAAACCAUGAGGGUCAGUUCGGUCCAGUGGAGGUUUGGCCUCGCUGGGGGACUUUGGUCAGCAAAAUUGACCUCUGUGAUGUGUUAGUCAUGAGGUCGGCUGAAAUGUUUUUGAGAGAUUGGAAUGCAUUCCAUUGUUCUUGAUGAUUUUGUAUGUGUUGAACCUGCAGCAACAAAACAUUUCUGUCAAUAAAGUUUUAUAGAAA